GGAACUGGAGCUGCAGACGACUCUGUGGGAGGAGAGAGAGGAGAAGGUGGCGGAACAGCGGAGGCUACGGGAGCAGCAGGAGCAGAAGCAGAAGUCCCAGGCCAAGAAGGAAGCUGUGGUGAACUGGUGGAGAACCCUUAAGGUGGAGGGGAGUAGGACCAAGGCCAAGCCGGAAGACACCCUGACCCAGCCCAGCCAGGUCCUCACUGAGACAGAGUCCAAGCUUCAACAGGCAGAGCACACCAUCACAAAGAUUAGGGAACAGGUAUGCCACCUUGAGGCGGCUCUGAGAACUGCCCAGGAGGGCGUAGCUGAGCACAAAAACAUUCAGGACAGGGUGGGAGUUCUUCACAAGGACAAGGAGACCAACACGGUGAGAGAGGGACCUGGCUGGACUGGGGAGGAGGCAUCAAAGGAGCGUAAGGACGUGGCUGUGGCUACAGACCCUGUGGAGGACCCAGGUAGAUCAGAGAAGGUAGCAGGCCAGUUUGUGACCUCAGAGGGUCUGCUGGUAACCCUCAGGAGGAUGGAGGCCAUGGUCAGCAGUGCCCUGGAGGCAGCUGAGCUGGUUAGGGAGAGUCAGCAAAGGGUCAGCCAGGUCAAGGAGAGGAUGGAGAGCAUCACUCAGAAGAUGGAGGAAGCUCUGACCAGAGCAGCGGACACAGAGGGUCAGCUCAUUUCCCUGGAGGCCAGGGUCACAGCCAAACCUCAGUUGCCAGGUCCUGUAGGGCAGACAGCCCAGCCUGAUGUUGAAGCUAUAGGCAGAGACAGAUCCAGGAACCCCUCUCCACCAGAGCCUGUGACGGAAAGCUACAGCAAGUCUCGAUGGCCCCUUAUAAGCGGUGCCAUUUAUUCACGAACUGGAGGAGGCAGCAACAGUGGCAGCAAGAGCUGUGAUGAUUCAGAGCCACCCUGGACUGAGGACAACAAACCAAGCCAAGUCCAAUGUACUGACUUUGUCCCAGACCAAAAGCACAACAGUACCAGCAGUGAUGGUCCUGCACCUGCAGUUUUAGGUUUCAUCCCAGUGUCAGAGACACAAACGCCCCCAGUGUCUCCAUCACAAGUCUUCCUCCAGGACGAGUGUGCACCUCCUCUUACUGUCCCACCGGAAACACCCCCUCAGUCUGCCUGUGUCAGUCACGCUGCCGCUCACACUGAGGAGAAUGUAGCAGGUCUCAGAUCGGAGGAUCCCAGUUGCCGUGACUACUGUCAGUCAGAGGCCCGCGACUGUGGGAGUGGCCAAGCAUUGCCGCCUGGAGACUGUGGGAGAAGUCAGCCAUCAAACCCAGGAGACAGUGCUGGUAGUAAAGCCUCUGAACCAGAAGAUCGUGGGAGGAGCAACGCAUUACAACCAACAGAUAUUGGGUGUGAUCUUGAGCAUUGUGGGAGUUUCCAUUCUCGAGAUCUACCGACUGUUUUAAUAACAGGCUCAGAUAAGGAAGGAGGGGGCCACGAGUUGUACUGCUUUCCCUGGGUUCAGACUGAACAGCAGUUAGAGGAAUCCCCUACCCAACCCACUCCAGCUGAGAGCCCCUUUUUCUUCCCACUGACACGACCCCGAGCCCCACAGCCCCCCGUAAUGCCCGUCCUCCCUGAAGAAGAGGAGGAUUCCCCUGAGGAGCUCGACAGUUCCUCCAGCUCACCCAGCACAUAUACACCAGCUGAAAGUAGAGCAGUUACCGUGGAGAUGCCUGCUCCCACCAUUGUCUUCCCAAAGCAAGCGACCGUGACCGUGGUCCAAGCAGACGGUCGCCCUCUGGAACAGACCAGACCACACAGUCCCAGACCUCGCUUGUCCCGAAACGCCCUGGGAGGACCCAUCACUACUGUCGACAGUACAGGCAAUGUGAUAGACCUGGUGAAAGACCAUCUGCCUGAGCUGCAGCUCUCGGAGGAGGACCGUCAGAAGAACCUGGUGCUGCUGCAGGAGGCCAAGAAAGUCAGCGACCGCUUCCUGAGCCGCAGGGGCCGAAAGUCCACCUGCAGCCUCUCUGAAUCCCCCACAGGUCUUUCUCCUAACCACACACCAUCCUCCUCACCUGUACCGUCCAGAAGCAGCUCUCUAAUCACAGCCCCUCAAAUAGCUGUAGCCACAGAGGUGAACUAUGCCCCCUCGUCGCCUGUCAGCCUGCGAUUGGAGGUUCUGUCUGCGAGGGAGCAGGCUGAUACCAGUACACCGGAGCAUGAGAGCACCAGGAGGUUGGUGGACUGGAAGCCUAAUGAGAAGCGUAAGGUGUCCUCAGGCACCCUGGCUCCACGCUACUCUGUUCCCCCACCCCCCAGGGAGCCCAGUGGGGGCCAGAAGGAGAACUUUGACCCCCGGGUAACAGCUAAGAAUUGCCCAGCACCAGUACUAGUCAAUAAGCCAGAAGAGGGUCUGGCCCGAGCCCCCAACCAGGCCCCUGCCACUGGGGUGGCCAAGCCUGUCCCUCGGCCCCCCACUCAGCAGGCCCCCUGCACGGCAGAGAUCAAGACCAUCGGGGCCUUUCCUCCCCUAAUGAGAGCUGUGUCCUGGGACACUGUUGGAACUCUCAACGCCAGAAAUGGGGCACCAAGUCUCCCCUCUACAAACGAGGAAACCUUCUCCUUUCAAGACAAGACCCGGGAUGCCCUGCUCAAGUCCUCUGGGUACAAGGACUUCCCUGUACAGCCUGUCAACGUGCAGAAGCUGUCCAAAAUAAGAGAGGAGCACAAGCUGAUGCGGAACCAAAGCAUUGUGGGGUCAAAGUUGGCAGACUUGAGUGAAACAGCUGAACAGGAAAGAGGUCCCUCUCUUCUGCCCCCUGCAGGGUCUCCUACUGAUGAGGAUGCUAAAGAGAAGUCAGAUGCCAUGCCCAACAUCUCAGACAUCAUGCUGAGGAAACUCAAACUGCACAGAGGGCUACCAGGCUGUGCACCUCCACUCACGGAAAAAGAAGUUGAGAACGCGUUUGUUCAACUGUCGCUGGCGUUCCGGAACGACAACUACACUCUGGAGACACGGCUCAAACAGGCGGAGCGGGAGCGGACCCUGACCGAGGAGAACACGGAGAAGGAACUGGAAGAAUUCAAAGGCUCUCUGAAGUGCACGGCACCACAGUGGAGUAACAUGGAGCAGCGCGAGUCCUACCAGUGCCUCAUAGAGACAGUAGCAGUACUGCACCGUUUGGCCAACAGGCUCUCCAGCAGAGCUGAGAUGGUUGGAGCAGUCAGACAGGAGAAACGUAUGAACAAGGCCACAGAGGUGAUGAUGCAGUACGUGGAGAAUCUGAAGAGAACCUAUGAGAAGGACCACGCUGAGCUGAUGGAGUUCAAGAAGCUGGCCAACCAGAACUCUAGUCGCUGCUAUGGAGGAUCCAUAGACACUGGAGAUGAUGGAGUCCCACGGCCAUCCAGGUCUAUGUCCCUGACCCUGGGAAAGGCUUUGCCCAGGCGGAGGGUCAGUGUUGCGGUAGUCCCCAAAUUUAACCUCCUGAACAUCCCUGGUCAGACCCCGGUCAUGGCAGGACCCGGCCCCAGCGUUGCCAUGGGACCCAGCCCCCAACCCACCAUGGGCCAAGCACUUCCUGUCCUGUGUGAAGCCAACAGUAUGAAAAGCAACUUUCCCACUGAACCUACACAUCCAGCUAUAGCUGAGAGUGGAAAGAGUGUGGCAGAGCAGGAAGCUGAGCCAUCUGCCCCAGCCAAGCCCUCCGUCAACCUAGAGGAGAUCAGAUCAGAGAUCAAGGCAAAGAUCGAGGAGGAGGCCUACAAUAAAGGCUACCAAGAGGGACUGAAGAGAAGUAAAGAAGUCAAAGAGGUGGAGGAAGAGGAGGAGGAGGAGAAGGUAGAGGAAAAUCCAGAAAAGAAGGAUGAAAUAAAAGAGGUCAGCAGAAAAGAAAAGUUCAACAGUAAGGUUGAAGAGGUCCUAGUUGUUCUUGACCGACUUUGCCCCAAGAUUUUCCGCCGUAACCGACUUCUCUGGAUUGUUUUGACGUUGUUCCUGGUCACGUUUCUGGCCGUCAGUGUUUUCACAUACUUUAGUGAUCGCUAUAACAACCAUGGGGACAUGUCGGCAGAAAAAGCCAUGGUCCAGGGCAAGAAGAAGAUCUUUGGACUGAAUGUAGGAGUACAGCCAAAGAAUCCCACUCCAGAAUAACAAAGAGCCUGUCUCAUACUUCUUUCAGUCCAAAUACUCUUUUUUUCCAUGAUACAUCAAGAGCUGAACUUGAAUAUAGGGUUUUGAAGAUCUAGGGUUUGGGGGGGGUGUAUCUUUGGGAGCAUUUAUUUCGUUUUUUAUUGGUUUCAGAGGAUAAGUCUUCUAAUGAUCAUAAACGUUAUCAAGGCAUAUUUAUGUUGUGUUAGGAAAGCUGCCUGACUGUUUCUGAUGUUGAUAUAUGAUUGUUGCUUAGGGGGCCAAGUAUAAUAGUGUGAUGAAAUAUGUUCUUAUCUACAGUGAGAUCCAGGAUUUUGUAUUUGAAAUGAUACAAUGACUAUUAUGUGAAAAUGCAGACUGUCAGCUUUAAUAUGAGGGCCUUUCCAUCCAUAUCAGGUGAACUGAAUGACACAUUGAACAGAAUGAACAGGGAGGGUAGCAUUUUGGAGGGGAACAAAUCAUUAUUCCCAAUUCAUUCAUAAGUAUCAUGGUAGCAUCCACAUGAAUUUAAAUAGGGUUUAGAAACAGGUUCUAUUCUUAUUUACAAUAAAAGUGACUCCAAAAUACACAAUACAUUAUUUACCAUUCAUUUCUCUUUGGCACAAAAUAAUCUGACACACAAACUGCAAAUGCAUUCAACAAGUUUGUAUUCACGAGCUUGAUGUAAUCAUUGUGUGCUAUGAAUAUGGGACCAAAUACUACACAUAUACUACACUUAUGAAUAUGGGACCAAAUACUACACAUAUACUACACUUAUGAAUAUGGGACCAAAUACUACACAUAUACUACACUUAUGAAUAUGGGACCAAAUACCCUCAAACUAAAGCUGACAGUUUGCACUUUAUAGUCUUUAUCAUUUAAAAUCCAAAGUGCUGGAGUACAGAGACAAAUAUAUAUUUGUCAUUGUCCAAAUACUUUUGGACCUCACUGUAUAUAUUCACAACGUAUUGUUAUUAUUCCUUGUCCUACUCUGAAUGUCAUCCUGUAGGACUGAAUGUGGCCCCUUGGGCGAAAAUGGAUGAUUCAUGAUGAGUUCCCUAAGACAAAUGUCACAGUAGACAUUAGACUAACGUACAUUAAUCUACCACUCUGUUACUUUUAUGUUCAUUCUCUCAGGUCCAGUAAACGGACCUCCCCUGAAGAGAUUUACAGAGAUAUUUAAAGAGAUAUGUUUUUUAAUUCAACUUUUUUUUUUGUGUAAAAUAUCUAUAUUUGUGGAAUUUAAGCAGAUACUUUUUUGGAAAAUCUAUAAUACAAGCACAUUCCAAAGUAGUUCCUCAAGUGCAAUAUUUAGCAGCUGAUGGUUCUUGUUUGUAUGUGUUGUUCCUGUGUUGGUUUGCGUCCUCCGAGCACUGAAAGAUUUCCUUCAUGUACGAGAGCACUUUUAGACAGCAUGAGAAAUGUUUUAUCUUCUACGCACUUGUGUGCCAGGAUUUUCUGUUGUGUCAACUUCGCCUUGAAAUAAAGGUGCCUUAACUCCCAG